UUCCAAUCCUCGUUUUCCCGCUUCCUCGUUCCGACUAUUUUACCGGCUGCGGUGACCUUUCUCGUUGGCGUUCCUUUUCCUUCUCGUUUCGACAAUGUGCAAUGCACACGCAGGCAACUCAUUUAACAUUCAUAUUCGACUUUUCGAACUUCGUGCAUGAUCAUGUCCGCGGUGGCAGGGACCCGUCGAGCCGUUGUCGCCGUCGGUGCAGUUGCAGCGUUCGGGAUUCUUCUGAUACUGCAGUAUGCUAUGAUGAUCGCCCUGUGGAUUCGCGCGUGGUCCCGAAGACUCAGACACCGGAUGAUGUACGUGCCACUGAACAGUGCAAAGGGUUACGCAGCCGUCGUCGCGCUCAAGGAAAGCACCGGACACAUAGUGGAUGUGCCCCCUAACGUUGCACUGGCUGUUCUGGAAAACACGGUCGAUAUGGACGAACUGGCCAAGGUGAUUGUGUGGUGCAUGGUGAUGGGUGUGCGGACUGUCACCGUCUACGACGUGAACGGAAUUACGUACAAGAACCUGAGCCAACUGCAAGAUGCCGUUCAAGGUGCGCUCUUGGAGUGCCGUUCUUCCAAGGACGCCGUAAUGUUUAUACAAGAGGAGAACCAGAACAUCUUGGAGCCUCAGACGAAGGAUUCCGCCCUAAGAGUAUAUGUCAUCACCGCCCAGCACGGCAAGGGCGGUUUGGCGUCCGCUAUGAGAGCCGUGUGCCAAGACUACGCCAUGGGAAGGAUUCAAGACAACCAGAUCACGCAGAAGAUGAUUGAGGAAGAACUACGCAGGCAGCAGAAAGGGAUGCCGGAACCUGAGGUUGUUCUUCGUUUCGGCAAUGAUGACGCCGUGAUGGGGUUCUUACCAUGGCAAAUUAACCAUAGCGAAAUGCUUGACAUCCUGAGCUUGAAGGGAGUCCUCGCCUCGGAGUUUGUUCAAGUAUUGGAGAAGUAUGGGAAAACGGAAAAGCGAUUCGGCAAAUAGCUUCACCUGGACAUUGGUGGUUCUAUAACCAUAAUGUUAGAUCCCCACAUGUGUAAAUAAAAUUAUCAUCCCGC